AGGGAAUUUGGAGAGAAUUAGUUGUAGUUUUAGAAGAAUCAGAGAAGAUACUUGUUAUAGAGGAAAUUGAUGAAGAUAAUUUAGACUUUAUUAAAUUUUUUCAUGGAGAAAAUAAGGAAUUAAAUGAAUAUAGAAAAAAAGUUAUAUUGAUAGGAAUAAAAAGUUUGCUUGAAAGAGGAGAUUCUUAUUAUUGGGAUAAAACUGUUUAUUUUCUUUAUGGGGUUAACUCUACUGGAAAAUCGGGUGGCGUUGCCCUACUUUUAUCUUUUUUCAGUGCUUAUUACGAAAUAGAAAUUCCAGAUAAUUUUGCAGUAACUGGUAAAAUUGAUACUCACAAUGGAAAUAUCAAAAAAAUUGGAGGUUUAAAAUCAAAAAUAAUUCAGGCAAUUAGGAAUUCAAAAAUAAAAGAUGUAAUUUUGCCACAAGAAAAUCACAAAAAAGCUCUCAAAAUUUUAGACGACUAUCACAAAAGAUAUUCUAACCCCAAAAUACUGAACCUUUAUCCA